UGCUCGUUCUCGGUGCCCAGAUUCUUGGAUAAUUGACUCCUCUAAUGCUUGAGUUACGCUUGAAGGCGCACAGCUUCAACUGGCUAUUGCAUUGUCGUGCGUUACCGCGUGAAGGUCUUGAAGGUCCCCGGCAGCUUUAUAAAACCACCUGCAAUGAGUGAGGGCGACCGUAGAUCGUGUCCAGCAGUGCCUCAAGAACCUUCCCCAGGAAAAGAUCCCAAGCGUACAGAUCGUCAUGAAGUCGUUUGCUGCACUUGCUGUUGCUGUUAUGGGUGUUGUGGCACUCGCCGAGGCAGGAGUCAUUGCGCCCUACACCGGCUUGCUGCCCCAUACCGUACACGAUACCGGUGCUUACUACGACGAUCACUAUGCAUCGCUGGCGUACGCAGCUCCCGCCUAUGCCGCACCGUAUGCCGCCUACUAUGGCAACCCGUCCGGUACGUACAGCUACUGGGGCUCGCAUGGACCGACCGUAGUGCAGGAAAAUGCCGCCAGUCUACCGGUUCCGGUUCAUGGAGCCUAUCCGUACGCGCCAUACGCAUCGCUCUACGGUGCCUACGGGCCGGUGAAGACGACCGUCGUCCAAACAAACGUAGCCGGUAGCCUGGCGAAUCAUUGGGGAUAUCCGGCUGUUUACGGUGGGGCGUACGGCUAUGGACAUGGAUACGGAUACAACAAGUACCUUGCUGGUGCUGCACCAGUAGCAAAAUAUCUGCUCUAAAGACCAUGUGAGAACAAUCCGUUUUAAAUAAAAAACAAUAAAUCGUUACCCCUACGACCCCAAAAAGCUGGUAUGGUGCUUGACUGAGAACAAUGAACUAUAUUACUCGGUGCGGAGCUUUGCAUUCAUAUAGGGGAAUAUUGCAUACCAUUGGGGGAGAUAUACAACGCUA